AUGGCAACGCCCGAUCCGGAGAGGACCUACUUGCAUGAUCCCCUGUUGCCAGAGACAAUUGUGCCAACCAAGGAGCUGCGUUUUGACAGUAGAGAUGAAGCUAAGGAAUUUUACAAAUUCUAUGCGGGCAAGGCAGGGUUUGAUGUGCGCAUAACCAAGACAAGUAGGAAGACGGUACUGGAGUUGUCGUGCAACAAACAAGGACACUGGGAUUACUACAAGCCUGGUGAGGAGAGGGUACGUGAGAAAAUGUCAAUGAGGUGUGGCUGCAAAGCUUUUGUGAAGAUUAAAUGGAACCAGAAGAAGGACUAUUGGUUCUUUGAGAGGAUAAGGUUGGAGCACAAUCAUCCACUGCAUCCCUCGCCGACCGUAACACAGUUCUUGAGGAUACAAAAGGACAAGGACCCUAUAGUCAUGGGUAUUGUUGAUCAGAUGCAUAGGUGUGAUGCUUCCCAUAACACUACAGUAAAUGUGCUGGCAGAAUUAUAUGGUGGUCGGCAGAACUUCACGUUCACGGAAAUGGAUUUGAGAAAUAGGAAAGCUGCAACUGCCAGGGAGGAGAGGGAAAAUGAUAUACCAAAGUUGCUUGAGUUCUUCAGGGAGAUGAAGGCCCAUAAUGAGUAUUUCUACUAUGAGUUGCAGGUAGACAGUGAAAAUGUUAUCAAGAAUGUGUUCUGGAGUCAUGCAAGCCAGCGUGCAGAAUAUAUAGAUUUUGGAGAUGUGGUUACAUUCGACACCACAUACAAAACAAACAUGUAUAGCAUGCCUUUAGCCAUGUUUGUUGGGUCAAACCAUCAACUGCAGAAUGUCGUGUUUGGGCAAGCAUUGUUGCAGGAUGAGCAAGCUAACACAUUUGAGUGGUUGUUUGGGGCAUUCAAAAAUUACCAGGAUAGUUCAAUGGCGGCAGCAAUCAAGAAGGUGUUCAAACAAACACAGCACAGGUUGUGCCGUUGGCACAUGCUUAAGAAGUAUAAAGCAGAGCUGAAAAAACUAUACAAGAUUCAUGAUGGUCUAAAGAUAAAGCUCAUCACCAUAAUCAAUCACCCACUUACGCCUACAGAGUUUGAGUUUGCAUGGAAUGAGUUGGUGGAUGAGUAUGGCAUACGGGAGGAUGACACUAUUCAGGGACUUUGGGAGAGUAGGAAAUUGUGGGUUGCUGCUUAUUUCAAGCCCUUGUAUUGUGGCAGGAUGACCUCUACACAGAGAAGUGAAAGUGCUGGUAACUGGCGGCUGACGUUGCAGCCCUUUGAUGGCCAUCUUAGCAGAGUGUACACACGAGCCGUGUACAAGAAAUACAGGGAAACUUAUAUUUAUAGUACUGCUUUCCGUAUUGAUCCUCAUCCUACCGAGGUUGAUGUUUACCUGGUGACACACACGGAUCAGUCAUGGCAAUAUGCUUGGUUUCAACAUUCAUUUAGAGUGGAGGCUGAUGUACGAUCCGGUAGAUAUACAUGCGAGUGCAAGACAUGGGAGCAUACAGGCUUGUUCUGCGCCCAUCUUAUUAAAGCCUUCACGUACCUUCAGAUCGACAAUAUACCUGCAGAGUACAUAAUGAAGAGAUACACAAGGGGUGCAAGAACGAUGGUACCGUGGGACAGGCAUGACAUUGUGACUUCGGUACCGGGUUGUGAGAGCGAUCAAUACAAAACAAAGAAACUAGUAGAAAUUGCGAUGGCUGCUGUGAGAGCAUGCCGCAAAACAAGUCUUGGGUUCGAGAAAGGCUGUGAGCAGCUGUCUGCAUUGGUUGAGUGGGGUGAAAGUAUUGCAAAAGGUACAGGAGCAUCACAUGUGGGGGAUCAUACAGAAGAACAGAGUGAUGUGAUCCCGCAUACUAUAGGUGAACCUGCGGCUAGUUUGGCUGAACAAGAUGCAGCAGUUGAUACUGCAGUCCAAAUUUCGGAGUGUGCACCAAGGGAGGCAAGAACAAAGGGGAGGAAGCGUGGAGGGAGACAUGUUGUUAAUGAACAUGCAAGUUCCAGUAAGGCACAGGGGCAGCGGAUAUGUGGAUAUUGUGGAUCUUUGGGUCAUUAUACUACGGGGUGUGAUUUGAACCCGGAUAACAUCAAUAAGAAACGAGGUGCAGGUGGGAGUUUGCGGGGCAAGAUGGGACGGAAGAGGGGGAGACCACCCACAAAAAGGCAACUGGAGGAUGAGUUUAAUGGUGUUGCAUGA